AUGGCGUUGAGCUCGGACGAAGGCGAAAUCUCCGAUGCGCCCCAUGAUUUGAAGGCAUCUUCACUGCAGCGCGCUGCUAGAGAAACCGGUGUUGACCGAAGAGACAGACAUCGCGAUACAUCGCCUGAAAAUGACACGGCCUCGCGGCACAGCGCCUCCUCGCGACGGAGUCGAUCGCCCAGGGGUUACAAGCGGUCACGCGAUGACAGGGAAUACAACGGGCGCAGAGGAGGCUACGAUGAUCGUGGGGGAGAUCGAUAUCACCGCCCUAGAGUCUCAUACGACGACCUCGACGACGACCGUAACCAGAGUCGUGAGCGGGAUCGCGUCCGCGACCGGUACCCCGACAAGAGACAGCGCAAUCGCAGCCGCACACCCGAUCGAGACCGUCGAGCUGGUAACAAAAGACUUGACCGCUUCGUGAGGGGAAGUUCUGCGGACAGGUAUCACGGCUCGAAUGGGGGGCUGAGAUACGAUGACGAUCGCAAGGACGACCGUCAUCGUCCACGAGAACGGAGAGCUUCCGGCACGACGAGAACGUCAGACCGAGACGAUACGCGUGACGCCAGGCCAUUGAAAGGUGCUGCUCAAGCGGUUGAUGAGGGUAUCCCGACGGAAACACGAAAGGAGUCAGAACCUGAGCCAGACUAUGCAGAGCCCGAGCCGGUUGACGAAGAAGCAGAGAUCGAGCGAAGACGGAAGCGGCGGGAAGAGAUUCUGGCCAAGUCAAGCUCGGCAACGCCCCUUCUGCUGCAUGCUGUAGGUGCUGGAGAUAAAGUCCGCGGCAGCUCACCAGCUCUGAAUGCAGCGUCUGGCUCGCAGAUGGACGUUGACUCGCCUCAGACACCACGGACGCCGGUCUCUAAUCACGGGUCUCCUCUCUCCCCAGCUUCUCGGGAUGAGCCAUCUCCUGGCGGAAUUGACCUCUCCAAUGAGAGCAACCUCAUGAACAAGCACAACGUCAAAGACAAGGAAGAGGAUGGACCAUCGGCUGCUGACUACGAUCCAACAGUGGACAUGAAAGAGGAUGAGCGCCGAGAUGAGCUUCGUCACGGCCAGGUCGUCCUUCACGGUGAAGUGCAUCAAGUCGUCGAGACGACCGAGCAGGAGCAGACAGAGCCACAGAAGACCAGCAGCAACAAGGUUGGAAACGACGAAGACGACGACGAUUUCGACAUGUUUGCCGAAGACUUUGACGAGGACAAGUACGCCACCACGGCAGCACCCAAAGCGGCACCCCUCGAAAGCGCUGAUGCUGGCGACGAGCCCAAGGGUGGCAUUCUUGAAGGCGACGACAAGGACGGCUACUACAAGAUGCGUGUGGGCGAGAUCCUCAGCGGACGCUACCAGGUGCAGGCAACACUGGGCAAGGGCAUGUUCUCCAAUGUGUUGCGAGCUGUCGACAUUACCACCAAAAAGCUCGUCGCAAUCAAAGUGAUGCGUAACAACGAUGCCCUACGUAAGGGUGGCUAUACCGAGAUUGCAAUCCUCGAGAAACUCAACAGUGCAGAUCCGGAGGACCGCAAGCACAUCAUCAAGUUCGAGCGGCACUUUGAUUACCGGGGUCACUUGUGCAUGGUGUUUGAGAACCUGAGCCUGAACCUACGCGAGGUGCUACGCAAGUUUGGCAACAACGUCGGCAUCAACCUCGGUGCAACGCGGACGUAUGCGUACCAGAUCUUUGUGUCCCUCGCACACAUGCGCAAGUGCAGUAUUGUACACGCCGACCUCAAGCCUGACAACAUCCUGGUCAACGAAGGUCACAAUGUGCUCAAAAUCUGCGACUUGGGAACAGCCAUUGACAAGACCGAUGCGGCGACUGCGCAGACAAGCAUCACACCAUACCUGGUCAGUCGAUUUUACCGCGCACCCGAGAUCAUCCUGGGCAUGCCCUACGACUACGGAGUUGACAUGUGGUCCAUCGGCUGCACCCUGUACGAGUUGUACACGGGCAAGAUUCUGUUUGCGGGCGACAGCAACAACCAGAUGCUCAAGGCCAUCAUGGAUGUGCGUGGCCGGAUUACGCCCAAACUCUACAAGCGGGGCCAGCUGUCAGCCCAGCACUUUGACGAAGCUGGACAAUUCAUCAGCAUUGAGCGCGAUCGCGUUCUCGGAAAGACGAAUGUGAAGACUCUGUCCAUGGCCAAGCCUUCCCGCGACUUACGGACGCGGCUGAUGGCUGCAUCGACUGGCAUGGCCGAGGGCGAGACGCGAGAGCUCCAUCAGUUUAUCAAUUUGCUAGAGCAGUGCCUGGCGCUGAAUCCUGACAAGAGGCUGAAGCCAGCUGAUGCGCUACGACAUCCAUUUUUCACAACGUCGGUCAGGGGUAGCAGCGGCAGGAAGUAG